AUGGAGAAAAUUCGAAUAUGUGGAGCUGAGUUGCAGGCUUGGGGUGCUUUAAAAACCAGGCCAGAAACUAAGGAGAUAAAGAAAUUGCAAAAAAGAUUGGAGGAGUUGAAUGAGAGGGAGAUGAUGGAAGAGAGCAAGGAGAAAUUUUUGGUGGAGAGUAAAAAAUUGGAUGCUUUGUUGAGGCAACAAGAAAUUUUUUGGAGGAAAAGGUCCCGAAUUUUGUGGUUAAAUCAUGGAGACAAGAAUACAAAUUUUUUUCACAACAAAGCCUCUCAAAGAAGACAAAUGAAUUAUAUACAGGGGAUUAAAACUAAUAAUGGAGACUGGGUUGAAGAGAUUAAGGAGGUAGCGGAGGUGGCUUCUGAUUAUUUUCAGAAUAUUUUCAAAGCGGGUACUUGUGAUAGAAUGGGGGAAUGUCUUAAUGCAGUUCCUCACAAGAUGACCGAUGAGAUGUUGGAAGUGUUGUCCAGACCAUACAGUAGAGAAGAAGUUAAAGCAGCAUUGUUCCAAAUUAGACCAACAAAGUGCAUUAAUUUUGAAAAGUCUUCUGCCUACUUCAGUAGCAAUGUUUCAGUUGAGAAAAAGGAGUGGAUUAUUGACAAACUGAAGGUGCAGGUAGUGGAGAGGUUUGACUCUUACCUAGGGUUGCCUACUUUGAUUGGGAGGAAGAAAUAUGAUAUCUUCUCUUUUCUGAAAGAGAGGGUAUGGAAAAAGAUUCAAGGUUGGAAAGGGAAGUUGUUAUCUAGAGCGGGAAAGGAAGUAUUAAUAAAAGUUGUGGCCCAAUCUAUCCCCACUUAUACUAUGGGAGUUUUCCAAAUUCCGGGGAAACUAUGUGAUGAAUUGGAUGCUAUGUGUGCAAGGCAACUGGUAGAGGAGUUAAUGGUGAAGAAGAUGGCAGAUGAAGUUGAUCUUUUCUGGGUCACAUGCUGGCAGAUUUGGCAACAAAGAAAUGUUGUAUCACGUGAUGGUGUCCUUCAUCAUCCUUCUCGGUUAAAUCAGCAUGCAAUGGACUAUCUUAAAGAGUACUGUGAUGCCAUGGACCAUCUUGUAGUGACCGGGUCCAACACAGGUGAAGUCACUCAGGUAUGGCAGCCUCUGCCAUGUUUGCAGUACAAACUGAACUUUGAUAGGGCAGUGUUUGAUGGUGGCGACUAUUCGGGUUAUGGAGCAGUUAUCCGUAAUGAAAAAGGAGAAGUGAUGGUGGCUAUGUCAACAAAGGGAGGGGCUAUUAGUGACAACGAAGAGGUGGAGGCAUUAGCGUGUCGCAAGGCUCUUAAGGUUGCAGUAGAUACUGGUUUACGGACCUGA